AUGGCUCGUAUUUCAACACUUUAUCUCCUCGCUUACAACUCUUUUCAAGCAAUUGGAUGGGCCGUUUCGUUAACCAUCAUUUUGUUCAAUCUUCUCUCCACUUCCUCCGUCACCGGAACUUUUGCUUCCGCUGGAACCUUAAUUUGUUUUCUGCAAUCUGCUGCAUUCUUGGAAGUUAUACACGGUGCUAUUGGAUUGGUUCCCAGUGGAGUGUUGCUUCCUAUGCUGCAAUGGUCAGGAAGGACUCACUUUGUGCUUGCCAUUGUCAGGGGGAUUCCUGAGGUCCAGGAGUUACCUUCUGUUUUUAUCACUUUUCUUGCAUGGAGCAUAGGCGAGGUCAUUAGAUAUUCGCACUAUGCUUUCAGUUGCUUGGGAAAUUGUCCUUCUUGGAUCACCUAUAUCAGGUACACUGCGUUUAUUGUGGUGUAUCCUUUGGGAGUGUUUCCUGGAGAAGUAUGGGCGAUGUACCAGGCGCUUCCAAUUAUAAAGAAGAAUAAUAUCUAUGCAGAUUCCUUUUCAGUCCUCCCAUUUAGUUAUUAUGAUUUUCUUAAGGUUGUAAUUGUAGUUUAUCCAUUCCUCUGGUUCAAACUAUACCUGCAUUUAUUCAAGCAGCGGCGUUCGAAACUUUAUAAACGCCAUGACAAGAAAAAAGCAUAA